GUGGCCCCAGGCCCCCCCACAGCCAGCAUCCUUGGUGAAGCAGGCAGAGAGGCUUGUCAUCGCCUCGAGAGGCUUAAAGAGAAAUGUUGCUGAACAGACUGAUGGUUGCUGAAUAAACGAGAACCCCUCCUCUGAGAACCAGGCCUGCACCUGCCACGUCUCUUCCCCGGGAACUUGGAGUGACACAAGCCAGGGUGACACAGGUGAGGAAAUCUUCAGUGGAGCUCUAAGGACUUCAGGGAGCAGAGCCUUGACUUAACAGCAGGUGCAAAAAACGAGACCCAGAUUUCCUCUCCCUUCCUGUGGGCCCUGACCAGGUGAGGUGGACACUUCAUUGUUGCUGUUCUCUCUGGAGGAUGAAUUUGGCCUCCAACGCUAUCAGGGGAUACAGCUGGCUCACGCGGCACCAUGAACGUGCCCCUCAUCUGCGACUACGGCUCGGGCUUCAGCAAGGUGGGCUUCGCGGGGACAGAGGCGCCCCUGGCCGUGUUUCCAACCAUCCUCGGGAAACUGCGCCAUGAGAAGCUGUUGGUGGGAAUGCAAGAGGAAGACUGGUUCAUUGGAAAUGAGGUUCCGAAAAACCGAGAGAAACUCAACCUCUUAUACCCCAUCUCUCGGGGUGCCAUCACCAACUGGGACGACAUAGAGAAGAUCUGGCACUACUCCUUCUACCAGAUGCUCCACGUUGCCCCAGAGCAGCACCCUCUGCUGAUGGCAGAGCCGCCCUUGAACUCCAUGUCCAGCAAAGAGAGACUGUCACAGAUCCUGUUUGAGACCUUCAGUGUACCUGCCUUGUAUUUAGCCAACCAAGGAGUCCUUUCUCUCUAUGCUUCCGGCCACACCGCUGGGAUGACGAUUGAGUCUGGAGAAGGAAUGACGUACUUCGUGCCCAUCAUUGACGGCUGUCCUUUGCAUCAGUCAACCUUCCACAUGGACAUUGCGGGCCAAGACCUAACCUUGUACUUCCUACGUCUGCUGUCAGAAAGUGGGCACUUGCUGGUGAGCACAGCUGAUCGGGAGUGUAUGCGGGACCUGAAAGAGAAAAAUUGUUUUGUGGCUUUGGACUUUGAAAAAGAGAAGGCAGAAGCCAACUCUCCCUCCUACCCACAAAAGUGUCAGCUGCCUGACGGCCAGGAGAUAGACCUUGGGAGGGAGAGGUUUUUCUGCCCUGAAGCGCUUUUCCAGCCAGACCUCAUAGAGCGGAACGACCUGGGCAUCCACAUAAAGGCAUUCGAAUGCAUCAGCUCCUGCAACCCUGCCCUCUGGAAGAUCCUUUUUGGCCACAUCAUCCUGUCGGGUGGUACGGGCACCUGUUCUGGCCUGAGAGCCCGGCUGCAGAAAGAAGCAUCCGCCCUGGUCUCCCCGAAGAUUAAUGUGAAGGUGUCAACCUGUCCGUACUCCGUGUAUGGUGCCUGGGCAGGUGGCUCCAUCCUGUGCUCACUCUCCACCUUCAAGGACAUGUGGGUCACCAGAGAGGAAUACAGGGAGAUGGGCUCCUCGGUCGUCGGGAGGAGAACCCUCUGAUCCAUGGCUGGACUACAUCACCAGUCUCACCAGCUCCAGGCUGAACCUCGGCUUGACUGAACUGAUCAGAGCUCACAACAAACUCAAAUGUGGGCGUGGCCCUUCCUCCCCCUGACUUCGAUUAAAAGGGUCAACAAAGAA